AUGGAUCAACCAAGCAGCCCGCAGCGGCCACAGAUGGUGUCGCGCUCCAUGCGCUUCCAUGAGUCUGGUGUCGAGGACAACGAGACCACAGACGAAUUGUCCCGAGUGACGCCGGAGGAAGUCCAUCGACCAUUCAACUACAAUUCCGAUACGGGCGUGGAAUAUCGCCGACAGGAAGAUGGACCAUCAUCGCCAUCGACCCGUCGACAUGUGUAUUACGGCCCUGGAGGUCAUUACAAUGCAACGCACGACAGCUCGUCCGACGACGAAGGGGCCCAGACAGCUCCGUACGCGAGUCAGUGGACGGCGUCUAUCCUGCCGUAUGCUUCGACCUUCCACACCCCGUUGCGGCAGUUCUCCAUCGAACCAGCUCCCUCGGGUUCAAGUUUUGCCAAGAUAAAUCGAUACACACGCCGCACACGCAUGCGCAACAUGAAGAAGUUCCGAGAAGGGACGGGCGCACCGCCGCGGUUGCUGCGCGUGUCGGCGUACUGCACGUGCGAGUCCAUGUCGCUGUUCAAGCUCCUCAAGUGGCUCAACUGGGUCCCAACCCGGCAGCUCCCCGGCGGCGAACUCAAUCCGAACGGAUGGACGCACAAGAUGCACAUGGGCGCGAUCCAUUCGUCAUGCAAGGCGUCCAUCGGCCACGACGACGACGACGACGACGACGCGACGAGCCACGUCGUGGCCACCGAUGACCAGCUCGCGAUCGAGCGCAAGGAUGUGUUCUAUUUUGCAACGGGAUGCACAGUGUUCUGGGGACUCUCGCGCACCGAAGAGCAGGCGCAUAUCCACGCGAUCCGCGCGUUUUCCAAGGCCAGCGUCAAGCAGGUGGAGGUAGAAGACAUGGACUUCUGCUACGGAGCCACGAGUAGUGUCAUGAACGACGUGAUCACGCUGAGCUCAUUCCGGUCGUCGGAGAAGAUUGCGAUUUCGUUUGCGAUGGCGCAGUCAUGCAAGCUGGACGUGUUUGAAGAGCGCGUGGAAGACUCGACGAAGGAGACGCGCCACAUCCCGCAGACCCUCGCCAACACGGGCGAGAUCAAAAAGUACUCGCAAAAGGACAUCUCGCAGCUGAUUGGUCGGCUGUUUAUCGAGCGCAGUGACAUCAACCUGAACUCGGACAUGCUGGACGAUCCCGACUUCUUCUGGGACGACGACGAGUACCAGCCACUGUACAAGAACAUGAUCAAGUACUUGGACGUGGCGAAUAGGGUGCAUAUCCUCAACACGCGGCUGGACGUCCUUCGUGAAUUGCUGGACGUGCUGAGUGAGCAGCUGGAGCGGCAGCAUGCCACUAAGCUCGAAUGGAUCGUGAUCUGGCUGAUCGUGGCCGAGGUGGUCGUCAAGGCGCAUAUCCACGCGAUCCGCGCGUUUUCCAAGGCCAGCGUCAAGCACAUGGAGGUAGAAGACAUGGACUUCUGCUACGGAGCCACGAGUAGUGUCAUGAACGACGUGAUCACGCUGAGCUCAUUCCGGUCGUCGGAGAAGAUUGCGAUUUCGUUUGCGAUGGCGCAGUCAUGCAAGCUGGACGUGUUUGAAGAGCGCGUGGAAGACUCGACGAAGGAGACGCGCCACAUCCCGCAGACCCUCGCCGACACGGGCGAGAUCAAAAAGUACUCGCAAAAGGACAUCUCGCAGCUGAUUGGUCGGCUGUUUAUCGAGCGCAGUGACAUCAACCUGAACUCGGACAUGCUGGACGAUCCCGACUUCUUCUGGGACGACGACGAGUACCAGCCACUGUACAAGAACAUGAUCAAGUACUUGGACGUGGCGAAUAGGGUGCAUAUCCUCAACACGCGGCUGGACGUCCUUCGUGAAUUGCUGGACGUGCUGAGUGAGCAGCUGGAGCGGCAGCAUGCCACUAAGCUCGAAUGGAUCGUGAUCUGGCUGAUCGUGGCCGAGGUGGUCGUCAAGGUCUUCUGGAGCAUCCUCGUCAAGGACAUCCUCGGCUUCUUUGACCACCAUGGGGGGAUUGAAUAA